AUGGGGGAUACACAUUGGAGUUCUCAUUUUAAGACAGUGCGUAACUUUAUUAGUUUAUUCUCCUCAAUUAUUCAUGUACUUGGAGUUCUUGCUAAGGAGGGCUCAAAUUAUCAAGAGAGAUCACUGGCAAAAUUUUUAGUGGAUGACAUAAAAUAUUAUGAGUUUGUGUAUACAUUGCAUUUGAUGUUGAAAGUGUUGGCAAUUAUACAUGAUUUGAAUAUGGCCUUGCAAAGAAAAGAUCAAGAUAUCGUAAGUGUGAUGAACCUUGUUGGUUUCACAAAAAGACAAUUGCAAUCUAUGAGAGAGUCUAAAUGGGAUUCUUUGGUAAAAGACGUCUCUUCAUUUUGUGUCAAGCAUGAUAUUGUGAUCCUCGAAAUGGAUAAAAAUUAUGCUCUUGGAAAAUCAAAGCGUAAGAGCUCAAGUGUUAAAUAUUCUCAUAAUUUGCGUGUAGAAGUUUUUAAUACUGUUAUUGAUUUACAACUUGCAGAGCUUAACAAUCGCUUUGAUGAAGUGAAUACUGAUCUACUUCUUGGUAUGGCUAGUUUGAGUCCGGAUAAUUCUUUUGCAAAUUAUGAUAAAGAGAGGAUUAUGAAACUUGCUACACAUUAUCGGGAUGAGUUUAGUGUUUCCAUGCUUGAGGAUCUUAGUUUUGAGCUUGGCAACUAUAUUGACUAUGUACGAGAAGUGAACAAUGUUUUCUCUAACUUGAAAAGACUUGAAGAUCUUUCAGAGACAUUGGUUAAAAUAAAUUUUCACAAGACUUGGAAACUUGUUUAUUUGCUUGUGAAGUUGAGCUUAAUAUUACCUGUCGCUACUGCAACGAUGGAAAGAGCUUUUUCUUCGAUGAAGUAUAUUAAAAAUGACUUGCGUAGCAGAAUUGGUGAUGAAUUUUUGAAUGAUUGCUUAGUUUGCUAUAUAGAGAAUGAAGUAUUUGAAAGUGUACCUAAUGAAGCAAUCAUCGAUCGUUUUCAAAAGAUGGCAGUUCGUCGAGUACAAUUGUAA